GACAAAGUCGAAGUUAGAAUAUGAUUGUUCGAGGAGGGAAACAUUAGUCGGUGAAAAAUGGACGUUGAUUUGUGAGUUCUUCGUCUCUACAUUUCAAGCAAAUCCUCUAUCUCUCUUACUAAAUAGUUUAGGGUUUCUCUCUCCACAUUUACACAAUUUCCUCUUACCCAUCAUCAAAUCUCGUCCACAAGAUUCCAAAAUCUGAACAGAUUUCUAAUGCAAACAUGAAAACACUUCAAGGGUUUUGUAUUACUUUUGAUUCUUCACAAAACCCUUCCACAGAUUCAACCAAAAUCGAACACAUGAGGGUUUUCAAGUUUCUAGUGAUUGAGGAAAAUCCAUGUCGAUUAACAUGCUUCCCGCGGGAUUCGUUUUCAACAACGAAUCAAAUUGCCAAACAAGUGGAUUCAAGAAUUUCUGCAUUCGGGAGUAUGUUGCUGCCGUUCGUGAAAGAGAUCCCACAACAUGUUGGCCCUUUGGAUCAAUUUGUGAGUUCAAGGAUCUCAAUACUCAAGACGUGGCUCCUGAAACAUUAUCCUUGAGUAAUCUAAAAGUUACACAAGAUACUAAUGCUUCUGAAUUACCCAAAGCUCAAAAUUCCAAGGGUAAAGAGGUUGUUGAAUUUGAAGCUCCAACAGCAUUUGAAGUCGAAGUUUCCAAAAACAAUGAGGCUGGAUCUGAAACUGUUACAGCAUUUGAACUUGAAUGGACCAAGGAAAACAACACUGAAUCUGAAAUUGCAACUGCUAUGGCAUUACUAGAGAUUUCUAAGGGAAACAAGACUCAGUUGGAGACUGCUACAGAAUUUGAACUUGAAAUACCCAAGGGAAAGACGACUCAAUCUGAAAAUGCUUCAGCAUUUGAACUUGAAUGGACUAAGGGAAUCGAGACUGGCAAUGAAUCCGACACUGCUACGGAGAUUAUUACUUCUAAAGACCUGAAUGAUGGUAUGGACGAAGAUAUGAGUGAUGGAGGCACAGAUUUGGUGAAUUUAUCUGAAUCUGAAAAUGAAGAAAUUGUGAAAGGAUAUGGAGGAAAGACUUCAAAGCCAACCAAAAAAACAAAAUGUCGUGAUUUGUCUGAAUUAAUGAGGGAUCUCCCGGGCCCGGAUAUCGAAUCCACUCUACAUUUUGCUGAUACGGACGAUGAAUAUACUGAUGAGUCUGAUGAAGAUUUCACCAUCGAUGAUUAUGAUGACGAAGAUGACUCCGAUGAUGAUGAAACUAUGUGGAUGUUACUAAAAAAACGAAAGGCUGUUAAAAUUACUUCUAGAAGCAACCGUUCACGAAACUACAAGAAGAAGAAGACAUGUGCACCCAAACCCAAACCAUCGAAGCGUGGACCCAAGGCUAGGACUAAGCGUGCUAAGCUACACCCACACCCACAUGACAACUUUGCUACCCGAAAGCUAGCUGAUGCGAUUGAAGCUGAGGUGGCACUGGCGGCUAAUCAGAAAAGGUGUGGUUCGUAUGACGUGCGAGGUGGGACCGGGUGUUCUGUUGUGGGUCGGUCAGUGGUGGGAGUUGGUGGGUCGAAGGAUCCAGGUCCGGUGGUUACGGGUACGCCAGGUAAGGGGUGGGCCCUGGUGUGCUUAUUGAACAGGAACCCAGCUGAUUUUACCAUAAUCGGUCCUGGGAAUAAGUACAUGACAAGGUUCUGACUUCUGAGUUGAGUUGAGUUGAGUUGGAAACUUUUUAUAUAUUUGAAGUAGUAUGCAUGCAUAUCAUCAGAUGGAAACUAGACUUUGUGACUCAGAUCUGAUGGUUUCUUAGGGUCAAACUAAACUUUAGUCGUGUGUUUGGAUUUAUGGUCUAUGUGGGGUCAUGUGGAUGUUUCAUUUUGAUCCUCUUUUUUAUGUGUGUUUUUUUUUGGUAAAUCUAUCAUCAAACUUGUCAUAUUUCUUUUGUCCAGGUCAAACUAGUG